AUGAAAAUAUCUGAAGAUAUUAAAGGUAAAUUCAAACAAUUAGUAAAAACGUAUCAAGAUAUAAUUGAUGAAUGUAACGAUUCAAAUUUAAAUGGUCAUAUAUUAAACGAAAUAUUAGAUUUGUGAUACACUAAAUAUUCAAAUUUAACAUCUUCCGAUCUCAAGAACAAAAAUGCUUUUGAAAUAUAAUUCUAAACUAAUCCAGAUGUUUAUCCAGUAAUAUCUAAACUUCUUCGAAUAUCCAUAACACUUCCAGCGUCUUCUGCCACGGGAGAACGAUCGUUUUUAACACUCCAUCAUUUAAAACCAUAUUUGAGAAAUUCUUCGGGACAAAUACGUUUAAAUGGUUUAGCAUUUGUAAACUAUAUUAAUCGCGAAAUCAACGUGGAUAUCAAUGAUCUUAUAGAUGAACUUGCUAAAACAUCAAAACAAAAAUUGAAGACACAUUUAUAA